AUGUCUGCCGACGGCCGUGCUACACCAUGGCUCAGAUCAGAUCUCGCUGCUGCCGGAUGGAAUCCGCAACGUGGCAGAGCGACAAUCCAGAUCUGCUUCCUGCACGCAGCAAUCAAUCCCACUGCCCCGGGAUCCGCUUCCAUUUUGCCUAAUGUUUACCUGGCGGGCCUGACGCUCGCGAGCUGA